AUGAAUAAAUAUUUUUUCCUCAGCGAAGACGAAUAUAUUCGACGUAUCUAUAUUACAGUUAAUUAUCGAGCUGUAACUGAUUUGUUGGCAAUAAAAGGUUAUGUAGCUAAUGCAAUUAUACAACCAUUAUCUUCUAAUUUUCCAAAUCCUCUUUCUUUAUCUAGUAUUGCCAAGAUAAUUCGACAAAUAAUUAAAACAACACGUAAAGAAGAUUUUCUAGGAAAAUGGUUAAGUUCAGCUAAUGUUUUAAUGACACGAUUUAAAAAGAAUGGAUGUGUAAAUUUUGUUUGGGAUACAAAUGAAGCUGUAUUUAAUUCUAAUUUUAAAUAUGAUUGGACAAAUCAAUGUCGCUUUCAUACAAUGUGA